AUGUUUCAUUGGGGUGUGAGUCCAGCAAUUGAUUUUCUGGACGUCGGUGUCGGUAAGGAUUUGGAUGAAAUUAAUGUCAUGUUGGUCGGACAAACUGAUUGCCGGCAUAUAAUAAAAACAUUGGCUCAUAAAUAUCGUCAUGAUAAUAAAAAAGUGAACUUCUACGUCGUUGAGAAUUGUAUGGAAAUGAUUGCUAGACAAAUGGUGAUGAGUUUAAUAAUGCUAGAACCCCUGGAAGACAUUGGACUGCAGAAUAAAACCUUGAUGUUUAUGGAGUUUUAUGGUAACACGUUGAUGAGACCUGCAACUACAAAAUACAUAUCUAAUAAAUCGUAUCAUUUACGAAAUUUGGUAUCAGAUAGCAAGCAGAUGCUAGAAGAUAUACCCAUGUUUGAUCUGUCUUCAUUGAAGUACAAACAACGUGACUACUUGGAUACCUUGUUCAAAUUUUGGAGCAGCCCUAAUAAAGAUUUUGACAUUGUUAAGAUUUGGAACAAUAAUGUUAGACGAAUGACAAAAACUCGGUAUGAUUAUAGGAAUGGUGUUUUUGAUUGGGAUUAUAAUAUGCGUAUAAAAUCUGAUACGGAUAUCACAAGCAUAUGUGCCCAGGAAUAUAAAUACUUCAGAGACACAGGAAUCGCUUUUACGCGUUUAGAUUGUGAAUAUUUCGAUGCCAAUUUAAGUUUGGCAGCAGGAAUUAUCCAAGAUGGAGACAGAAUGCUCAUCAGUGGAUUUCUUGGAGAUAUAGUAACUGGUCCUUACAUAACUUACGGUUUGGAUUGUGAAGACAAGGAUAUGAUGAUAAUAGCAAAUCGUGCCAACGCUAAAAGAGUUACAGAUAUUAUAGAGCGUAAUAUAACACGAUAUUUCCACGAAAUUGCUACAGGUACUCCAUAUGUCCACCAAAAAAUUUUGGAAGAAGACAAAUACUGCAGUGGAUCAGCUAUAUAUCUUCUACCCGAUGCCAGACAAGGCCGAUGUAUUACUAAAACUUACGACCAUUCUCCUUGGAAAUCUUUACUUACUAAUCACAAGGACAAAAUAUAUUUUGCAGGAAUAGAACUUUUAAAAGAAAUGCCUAAUAAUGUGAAUAAACAUGAAUUUUUUGAUGCUCUAUUUGUGGGUCAUCAAAUGUUCAGAUAUAUAACUAGUGAUGUUUUGAAAUUGUGCAAAAAUGGUGCUGAAAUAUUUUUUGAAACUAGAGCUGCUGCUUAUUUAUUUACAAAGGAAAAUAUGAAAACGUUUGGGACAGAAAUCAAAGAAUUUGCUGAAACAAAUAGUCUUGUUCCAUGUAAAGAAUUUGAUCCAAUCAAAGAUUUUAAUGAUGACGAUGGGAAUGAUAAUAAGAGGAAUAAUGAUAAUAGGAGUAAUGAUGACAGCAAUAAUAAUGACGCGAAUGACGAUGACGGAAAUGACGAUGACGGAAAUGACCAUGACGGAAAUCACGGUAACGGAAAUCACGGUAACGGAAAUGAUGAUGACGCGAAUGAUGAUAAUGGGAAUGACGAUGAUAGGAAUGUUGAUGUUAAGAAUGUUGAUGAUAGGGAAUUGAUGAUACACAAAUCAUGA